GUGGUGUUGGAGGGCCAGCAGCCGGGCACCGACUUUAAAGAGGGGCUGCACCCGCCUCUGCACGGUUACGUCAGCUGCUCCUCCGACGGGAACAACUACGGCGCCAGCUGCGAGCAGCACUGUGAGGGAGGGUACGAGCGCAGGGGGGCGCCCAGCCGCGUCUGCCAGUUCAACCGCAGCUGGAGCGGGGCCCCCGCCGAGUGCGUCCGUGAGUACACAGCCACAGAUAAGAGGCGGGAAGCCGAGUACCCGGGAACCAAACCGAAUCCUCUCUGGUGCCACUCCCCAAGCCUGGCCAACGGUGAGCUGACCUGCCGCUCCCCUCGCGGCGGCGCCCACAGGAGCACGCUGGGCACCCGCUGCGAGACGCGCUGCGACCGGGGGUACCGGCUGGUGGGAAGAAGGUCCAUUCAGUGCCUCUCCAACCGCCGCUGGUCGGGGACCGCUUACUGCCGCAAGAUUCGCUGCCACGUGCUGCCCCUCAUCCCUCACGGGCGCUACGCCUGCUCUCAGGGCUUCGUGGUGGACUCCAGGUGCGACUUCACCUGUCGCCCCGGCUACCGCAUCCAGGGGGAGCACUCGCGCACCUGCCUGCACGGGGGGCUGUGGAGCGGAGAGCAGCCCGUGUGUUCAGAUACCGAUCCUCCAAAGAUCAGGUGUCCUCCGUCUAGACUCAAGCCUGCAGGGCCCGGGAAGCUCACCGCCACCUUCCAUGAGAAGAGGAGGCUGCUGAUCCUCUCUGCUCCAAACGUGUCCGACCCAGACUACCAGCUGCAAAACAUCAUGAUCCAAAAAUCCGACUGUGGGUUAGACCUGCGUCAUGUGACGGUCAUCGAACUGCUGGGCUCGCCGCCGCGGGAGACGGGCCGCAUCAAAGAAAAAGAGCUUCACUCCGAAGUCAUCAACGGCUUGAGGCAAGCGUUCCGAAUCUCCAGGUCCUACUUCAGCAUGGUGCUGCUGGACGAGCGCGGACUGGACCGAGAACGCUUCAUUACCCCGGUGUCCUCGGAUGAGCUGUUCUCCUACAUCGACGGCUUCCUGAUGGACGAGGAGGAACGGGAGAAGCUGGAGCUCCGCAGAGACUUCUGCCAG